AUGUUGAUAGAGACAUUGGAAUCCUUUGAAAGCAAAAUUGGACAACAAUCAGAAUUAAAAGGGAAAUUAUCUUCAUUAUCUGAAACAGAUUAUGAAUGUUUACAAAAUGCACCAGGUGGCCAUAUAUUUGGUAUUGUUACUGAUACAGCAUCCAAGAUAUCAAAUUUUGCAUCAACUGCUCAUCAUGACAAUUCUUAUCAUGUUCAGAAGACUAGGAUGGUUUUAUACCUAUCUUUUUAUCAUAUUGCCACAUUAGAUACCUUUAUGAUAGCAGAUACAGAGCCAGAUAUAUUGAAGAAAUGGAUAUGGUGGUUUGGUUAA